AUGGAGAGACUAAGAUGGUUCCCUUUAGAUCUAAAUAAUACAGAUAAGAAGGAGACAGCAAUGGCUCUUGCUGCUGCUAGUCUAUUUGUUGAGCCUACACUGCAGCAGCAGCAGCAGCAGCAGCAGCAGCAGCAGCAGCAGCAGCAGAGGCUGCAGCAGAUGGGGAAGAAAUGGGGAGUACCAGAAAGAAUUACUAAAAGAGGGUUUGUUCUUGUCUUUGAAUAUCUACCUUAUAAUCUACCUGAAUGGCCGGUGACCCUGGAGCGUCUUCCUGUUUUUAAGAAUCAAGAGGAUAAAUUGAACCCUUUUAAUUCUUUAUUUGAGGGGCCCCUAGAGGCCCAUGAGGGGCCCCCCGAGGCCCCGGGGGCCCCCGCAGGGGCCCCCCUUGUUAUUAAUCCAAGACAGCCUGUGUCCUUUGAGCAUGUAAAGUUUUGCUCUAAAAGGGCCAUAAGCAGCAGCAGCAAAAGCAGCAGCAGCAGCAACAGCAACAGCAGCAGCAACAGCAGCAGCAGCAGCAGCAACGAGUCUCCUGCUGCUGCAGUAGAGGAGGCCGUGCUGCUGUGUCAGGCUGCUUUGCUGCUGUGUCUUCUCUUUGGUAUAAAUAUCUAUAAAGAUUUCCCUAACCUUAGGGUACCUACGUCCUGCUGCAGCAGACCUGCUGCUGCUGCUGCUGCUGCUGAUGCAGCUGAUGCUGCUGCUGAUGUUCGUGAUGCUAGCAAGGAGACAGCAGCAACAGCAGCAACAGCAGCAACAGCAGCAACAGCAACAGCAGCAACAGCAACAGCAGCAACAGCAACAGCAGCAACAGCAGCAGCAGCAGAAAAGGGAGCAGCAGAGGAGACAGACGGCUCUUCUUCGCUGCUGCUUAGACCAGGGCAGAUGCAACCAACUGUAUAUACAACCUAUAUAAGAAUAAGCUCGGGCAGCAGCAGCAAGAGCAACAGCAACAGCAGCAGCAGCAGCAGUAGUAGCAGCAGCAGUAGCAUCGGCAGCAGCAGCAGCAGCAGCAAUACUAGUAGCAGCAGCAGUAGCAUCGGCAGCAGCAGCAGCAGCAGCAAUACUAGUAGCAGCAGCAGCAGCAGCAGCAGCGAUGGUGCUAGUGACUCGAGUAGCACCAGGGCUCAAUCGGAGUCCCGAAGCAGCAGCCGUAAUGAAUCCAGCGAGCAGCAGCAGCAGCAGCAGCAGCAGCAACAGAAGCAGCAAGAGCAGCAGCAGCAACAGAAGCAGCAAGAGCAGCAGCAGCAGCAGCAGCAGCAGCAGCAGAGUGCGGCAUCGGAGGCAUGCGAGUCUAUGGAGAGUCGCGCCGCGUUGAUCCCCAGCUGGCAUUUGGCACAAGAUUAUUUAUUAAGUCGUGUAGUGUACAUAGAGGAGCUGCAGGCAGCAUUACCUUGUUUGCUGCCUAUAGAUAUAAUAAUGCAUGCAGUAUAUUUGCUGCUAGGUGCAGCAACAGCAGCAAUAUCUGCUGUAGAUUGGUUGCUGCUGCUGCAGCCAUCUGCUGCAUGCAUAGGGUCUGCUGCACAUACACUGCAAGUUGCUGCUGUGCUGCAGCGUUAUGCAGCACAGUACCCUAAGCCUGUACCCCUUAAGGCGUCUCCUGCUGUAUUGCAUGCAUUACGUAAGCUGCAGCAGCAGCAGCAGCAGCAUCAUUAUCAGCAGCAGCAGCAGCGACUGCAGCAGCAGCAGCUACAGGACCUGCAGCAGCCAUGGAGGUCUGCAUGCCCAGUAAGCCGCAUGGGUAUAAGAUGGAAUUCUUAUGCAGCAGUACAUAAGCAAACAAAGAAGAAGCAGCAGCAGCAGCAACAACAACAGCAGCAUCAACAACAACAAAGAGAAGCAGCAGCAGCAGCAGCAAAUAAAUUCCUUGAAUUCGGGUGUACAGACACCCAAGAAGAGGAUUGGCUACUGCAGCAAACAGCACAACAUAUUUUAUUAACAAUAAAUAGCGACAAGACACAGAAGAGUAUAUCUAGAUUAUUAGUAGCUUGUUCCUCAGGUACUAGUAACAAUACUAGCAGCAGCAGCAGCAGCAGCAGCAGCAGCAGCAAAGGUACUGCAGCAGCAGCAGCAGCAGCAGCAGCAGCAGCAGCAGCAGCAGCAGCAGACACAAUUCCCUUUGAUCUAAUCGCACUCAAAAUUUGCUGCGAAAUUUUUUAUAAAAUUUUUAUAUCCGCGGAUAUCUUCAAGGUUAUUCAUCCUUACCUCUAG